UUGUUCAUGUUGGAAGGGCCUCUUAAAACUUAUUAUUAUUACGAAUUUCCAUUUUGCAUACAUAAGCAGAGAUGUGUAUAAAAGUUGAUAAAAAUUCGAAAUUAAUAUUGAAAACAUUUAAGCCUCAUAUUGUUAUUUAAUAUUAUAUAUAGUAUGUGCCUUUGACGUUUUAUUUAAUUUAUAAUCGUAUCGCAUUAAAUAGUUGCGCGUUCAAAGAGCAGUGUUAAACUAAUAAGUCAAGCUAUCACAACAAAUGUGUUUCCCGUACAACCGUACAAUAACAAACAAAAAAAAAAAGAAGAAAAAUAAACAUUUAUAGAUAUAUUGGAUAUUCGAAAUGAAAAAAUUUUAAUAAGAAAAGGUGUUAAUAAGUUCUCAAAAUGCUUGUGAAAACUUUGAUUGUGAGCAGCAAUUCCUGAAAGUAAUUAAAUAGACGAUUUAUUACUUUAUACAUAUUUUUGAUAAUUAUUUGCAUCUAUGCUUUGUGUAUAUUUUACUCUUCGUUUUGUUUACUAUUUUAUCCGGGCAUCCGUAAGAUGUAUGACAUUUCUUCUGUCUUUCGUAUAAGAAUGUCAUAAAGACCACGUAAAAUAACGAAUAAUAAACAAAACAAUAAAAAAUGCAACAAAAACAAUAAUCAAAUAAUAAUAAGUUCAUAUAAUAAUUGUGGAAUUCUUUCGAAUAAUAUACUUAAAUAUAAUUUACACGAUUUCCAUUAAAGAUAUUUUUGUUUUGUGCGUUUGUUUAUCAAUAAAUUACACAUAUAAAUAUAUAUAUUUUGUGUAUACUAUUUAUACAAAUAAAAUUCAUUCAUUAUGGAUGACGAAUUUAAAUUGUGUUGGAAAAAUUUCCAAGAUAAUAUUGCCAGUGGAUUUCAAAAUCUUUAUGAUCGCGGUGAUUUGGUGGACGUAACUUUGGCUUGCGAUGGCAAAUUAUUACAUGCCCACAAAUUUGUUUUAGCUAUUUGCAGUCCAUAUUUUCAGGAAAUAUUUAUCACAAAUCCUUGCAAGCAUCCGAUAAUUAUUCUAAAGGAUGUCACCUUUAAUAUAAUGUGCGAAUUACUGGAAUUUAUGUAUCAAGGCGUUGUAAAUGUGAAGCAUACCGAAUUGCAAGCUUUCAUGAAAAUUGGCCAAUUAUUGCAAAUUAAAGGUUUAGCUACCAAUUCAUCAUCGUCGGCAGCUUCAACUACUUCUGAGAAAUCUUCUAGUCAAAAUGCAGCUAAAUUAGAUACCGAUGGUAAGGCAGAGGCCAUUUCAAGUACAAAGGCCAAUAACACAACUACUAGUGGUAGCACUACGACUCCUACUACCAAUAAUAGUGAAGAGAAUGCUGGUGAAAAUUCCAAUAGCGGCAAACAAACGGGAAGCAAUAGCAAUCCUAAUACGCCGGUACGCACGGGAUCGCCAGCGUUAUCAUCAUCGUCCCGUAUGGGCGUUUCAAUUAAUCCAACGCUACCAUCCAAUACUACGAUAAAUAAAAGUUCCAGCGAUUCAUCAUCGCAUCAAUCUAUGCAUGGCGGCUAUCAUCAUAGUUUAACGAGCGGUAAACGUUAUUUCGAUUACAAUUCUGAUACACUUUCGAUACAUGCACGCAACAAGCUACGACGUUCUCUAACGUCUGCCGAUCAUAGUAGCGAUAAUAAUGACGUUUCCGCUGAUGGAAACUCUGUGGAACAAAUAAAUGAGGAUUUCUUUUUACCUCACAUAUCAAUGGUCGAAUCUAGAUACGAUUUAAAUAUAAAACGUGAAGCGGCUGAACAUCAUGCCGCCGCUUCAUUACGUAAUAACUUCCCAUCGGCAGCUUUUGGUUUGGAUUAUAAUUUCUAUAAAAGCAACAGCAGUAGUGGUGGUACUGGUCAACCACCUGUUAGCCAAGAGCAAUAUCCUAAUGAUAUACACAUGCCUAGCGAUUAUUCGAAAAAUUUUGGCAACCAUAUGGACAUACCACCAAACGGCAGCAACAUGGUCAUGUUAAGUUCAACAUCUUUGCUGCAUGGUAAUUGCGUAUUCAAUCGCAAUAAUACUGUAGCUACUCAGCAAGGCAUGAAAACUUAUUGGCUCUGCAAAUCAUACCGAAUUAGUAUGUGUCGGGCGCGUUGUAUCACACAUCAAGGUCGAAUAAUAUCGGCCACUGGUGUACAUAAUCAUACACCACAUAUGAGGGGCGGUGGCAAUAAUGCAGUUGGUUCGAAUAGUGGAGCGGGUGGUGGUAGUGGUAGUGGCAGUGGCAGUGGUGGUGGUGGUGGUGGUGGUGGUGGUGGUGGUGGUAGUGGUAGCGGUAGCAGUAGCGGUGCUGGCAACGCUAAUAAUCUCGGCGGUAAUAGCAAUGGUGGUAAUAGUAUUGGUGGACCGAUUAACGAAAAUCCACAAAAUUCAACCAGUUUGAUAAACACAAAUAGUUCAUUGUACGGUUCAAGAUAUACUCAGCACUCGAACACGAAUAUGGUGCAACAGAAUCCGCAGGGCCAUCAGCCAUUAGCACCAGUAACCAGCCAUUUAACUACUGGUGUCCCUAGCAAUCAUUUUUCUCAAAAUCUACCUAAUUUGUUAAUACAACCUCAUGUUAGCAAUAGUUCGGUAAGUCUUUUACAGCCUACACCGCUUCAUACAAUGCCACCAACUCUACAAACUCCCGUUAUACAAAAUAUAAUGCAUCCAGGUAUGAUGCAUACAACGCAUGCUAAUUAUGAGAUAACGCCUAUUAUGCAUGCAUCACCUGCAGAUAAUGUUCGCCAUAAAACGAGUAUUUUCGAUCAUCAAGAGAAGUCUUUAAAGAAUUCUUUAAAUGAUGAACAUAUUCCAGUGCAUAAUGAAGCAACCCCACCGCCUCAAACGAUGAAAAAUUCAUCAGCUGCGGAUGUUAUGAGAGGAGUAAGCGAAAUGGAAAAAGAUCCUGGCAAUGGUGGGGUUUUGGGCUUACAUCAGCAUCAAGCUCAAAUUAUAGAGUCGGUUACAAUAUCACCUGGGGGACCUAGUGAUGGUCGAGCCAAUCACAACUUUAAAAUGGAAACUAUGUAAUGUACUCGAAUUGAGGCAAAUGUGUUAUUAACGCGGGCAGCAGGCUAAGUUAAGUUUUGAGAAUCUACGUUUUCUUGACAAGAAUAUAUUAGAUUAAUUUAUUCAAUUUUAUAAAUCUUUUAAAAUUAAUAAUUUGAAUUAAAGAGUAAAGUUUU